AUGUGCAAACUCUUCGUCGCCGUCGCCCUCCUCGCCGUUGCCGUCUACGCGCAGCCAACCCCUCCAACCGGUAAGCACCACACAUUUGCAACUACCUAAAUCCAUAAUUUACUUGAUUAUUUCAGUGGAGCAGAUGGAAGCCAAGCUCGUUGAGGCCGGAAUUUCGAGCACGGCCGCCGCCGGACUCGUCGCCAUCGGAGAGAAGUACAAGUCGCAGCUCGAAGCCGCCAAGGGAGACCACGAGGCCGGAAAGAAGGUGUUCGACGAGAUCAAGGCCGAGACCGAUACGUACAUCAAGACACAGUCCUCUGCCGAUCAGACCGCCUACGCCGCUUUCGUCGAGAAGGCCCGUGCCGAGCAUGAAGCUCACAAGGCCUCCGCCACCGCCCCUAGCGCCUAA